AUGAGUGCUGGAUCUUAUAACGCUCACUUUGAGUCUAAAUGUGAAUCAACAACCAAACCACAAACCAAAUUCUUUAACCUUUGGCGACUUAAACCUCAUUUUGAUGAUUUAGAAAGAAAUACUAAAUCGAUUAAUGGUAACAGUAGUAGUUUUCGUAAAGUUAGAAGUCUGAUCAGUACACCUAUGAAUCAAAUUCAGUUAAAAGAUAUUUUAAAAGGUGAACAUUUACCACCCUUGACUUUAAAAGAAUUUGAAGAUUACCUUAUUCAUGUUGAGAAGAGUCCAGAGAAUUUAUGGCUUCAAGAUUAUACGCGUUACUAUCGUCAAUGGGAAAAAAGCUUAGCACAACACUCAUCCGAAAAAGCCAGUAGAUCAAAAGAAAUCUCACAAGAUACACCAUGUUAUAAAAAUUCCUCAAGAAGUCCUCGAUUUGAUCAUCAACCAUUUUCACCCAUCAAUUUCGAAAUCUCAAAUCAACAUACCAACAUUUCACUUCAUACACCUUUACCACAAGAUUUACUUAUUUCAAAAUCGAUUGCAGUGCAAACGUUUUUCAAUUCGAACUCGAUUCUAGAACUUAACCUUUCAUACGAAGUUAAAAGGAAGAUUCUGUUAGAUAUCUUGGUGACCUCUGAUCCUUCAAUCUUUCGACAUGUUAGAGAAGAAACUUUUUUGAUGUUAGAAGAAAGUAUGAGACGUUGGUUGAUCCGUACUGAGGGAAAUGCUGAUGAUAGUAGGAUUGCAUUUGCAAUAUGCUUAGGCUUAACAGGCAUCACCCUCUCAAUCCUCAUCGUCUCCCUAAUCCUCAUCAACCCAUCACAAAGAUAUCUAAGACUACUGAUCACUCCUUUAUUUUGGCUAUCAUUGAGUACAUUGGUUUCAGGUUUAUAUCGUACUUGUCCUAUCAUCUAUCUCUUUGGAUCGUAUCGACAAAUCCAUUCUUGGGAAUUAUUAAAAGGAGUUCCUGAUCCUAAUGAAGUGAAUUUCAUCACGCUCAAGAACACUUCAAUCUUUUUCAAAUUCGGAUCACCUACUAGAUCUGAUCAUUCUGAAGAAACAGAUCUCACUCAUCCAAGACUUUCACCCGUCCUAAUCAGUUAUGGAAACCUAUCAGCAAACCAUCCAAACCAAUUAGACCCCUUAAACUUCUUUCAAGAAUCAAAUAAAUUAACGUCUCAUCAUCAAACUUGGUUUAAACUAAGACCUGAACUACCCAAGACUUCUGUCUUUUCUCCUUUAACUAAAAUCAUCAGUCCUAUUGUCAAAGAUGCAUUGAAGUUAAAUAUUAUUAAAAGUUUGGUUUGGGCUUCUCUCUUGACUCUUUUUUGGUGUUUUGGUUUAGUGUUUGAAGCUAAACUUCAACUUACAAAUCGUUCUGAUUAA